AUGUCAGACACUGAGGAAAUAGUGGAGGAGUACGAGCAGGAGGAAGAAGAAGAGGAAGAAAAUGAAGAGGAGCAGGAGCCAGAGGAGGAGGAAGAGGAGAAGACAGAAAAGCAGGUAGAGGAGGAGGACUCCAAGUGGCGGCCCAAGACCAUUUAUGUGCCAAAUAUCGCUCCUCCGAAGCUCCCCGAUGGCGAGAAGGUGGAUUUCGACGACCUGCACCGGAAGCGCCUGGAGAAGGAUUUCAACGACCUACAGACGCUGAUCGAGUCGCACUUCUCCACGCGCCACAAGGAGGAGGAAGAGCUGGUGGCGCUGCGCAGCCGCAUCGAGAACCGCCGCUCCGACCGAGCGGAGCAGCAGCGCGUGCGCGCCGAGCAGGAGCGCGAGCGCCAAACGCGUCUGGCCGAGGAGAGGGCGAGGCGCGAGGAGGAGUCGGCGAAGUUGCGCGCGGACGAGGAGGCGAAGAAGAAGAAGACCUUCACCAACAAGUCGUUCGGCGGAUACCUGCAGAAGGUGGACCAGAAGAAGGGCAAGAAGCUGACCGCGCGCGAGGAGAAGAAGAAGGCGCUGAUGGAGCGCCGGAAGCCGCUCAACAUCGACCACCUGAACCAGGAGAAGCUGGCGGACAAGGCGCAGGGGCUGUGGCAGUGGCUCCACCAGCUGCACGCGCAGAAGUUUGAGAUGGCCGAGAAGCUGAAGAGGCAGAAGUACGACAUCUACGUGCUGCGGAACCGAGUCAGCGACCACCAGAGGGGCUCCAAAGCAUCCAAGACUUCCCGCGGGGCCAAGGGCAAGUCCGGCUCCUGGAAGUGAGCUCAGGCGCAACUGGACUGUAUAUCACAACACUUACGUCAUGGCAACAUGUGUGUGUGUGUGUGUGUGUGUGUUUGUGUGUGUGACGGAAAUCAUGAAAGUUAAUCCAUAACAUCUUGAAAUAUCUGAUUGCUCUUAAUGUUGUCGGUGUUCACUCGUGGUUUCGUUGGAGACUUUAUUAAACCGGAUGUGUGGUGGUGUUGUCAUAUUUUCUCAAAUGUGUGAUCAAAGAGUU